CAGGCCAGGAGUCCAGAGCCAGUCUAUACAAGCACUUUCCAUCUCCAUCCACCCUGAGAUCCCACCAGAGCCACAGCAACAUCACAGCUUCCUCUUCACCACACACAGGGAUAAUGCAGACUGCACACCACAGUCUCACCAAACAGCGGCGCCAGCAGGCACUGGCCCUCAGCAAAGAGGCCAGAGGAGAGCGCCUGAACCUUGGGAAGAAGGUCAGUGUGCCAAAAGACGUGAUGAUGGAGGAGCUGAACCUGACAUCAAACAGAGGCUCCAGAAUGUUCCAGGAAAGGCAGAAGAGAGUGGAGAAAUACACAGUGGAGGGCACAGCUGACGCAUCCCCCGUCAUAUAUAACAACCAGCAUUUCAGUCAGCUCCAGAACCAGAGCCAGACAGCCGCACACUCACAGGGAGGAAAGGAGAACGUGGCGUGCCCUGUACCUGGUAAACACAGUCUGGUUACCACUCUGAAGAAAACUGUGGCCAAGAAAGGCAGCCCCAGCGUCCUUGCUCCAGGUUACUCUGGUCCUCUAAAAGAAAUUCCUCGUGAAAAAUUCAACAUCACAGUAAUUCCCAAAUCUUACUGCUCACCAUGGAGAGAGGCACUGGGAAACAACGAGGAGCUUCUGUCCACCUUGAAUGCACAGCUACCUCAACCAGAGAAACUCCCGCCUGCUAACUACAGAUGCUUCAACAGAGUUGCGAUGCCAUUUGGGGGUCCCGUGCACAAUAAGAGGGUGAUCCCCGUCAUUGCUUUUGAGGCCCUGGAAUCCCAAAGCCUGCCAGGCCUGGCGCUCGACAGGAUGUCCGAAAGACGCAACUUUAACAGAGCACCUCGGGGAUGGGGCAGCGGAUCAGUACCUGAAUCCAAUGAACUCUAAGUCCGCCAGGGUCAAACGCACACCUGCUUGCCGUUUACCUGUGGCAGAGAAACUGGAGCACUCACCUGUUGCAGUGUCAUUAUCAUGGACAGUCCCACCACAGAUGGCAAAGCAGAGGUGGCCAACAUUCUCCCAGAUCCUAGUGCAUGUUGAGAUCCUAGACAUCUUGAGUAGCUCUUCAACAGUGAGGUUGGCCAUUCCUGCUUUGGCAAUUAGUAAUUAGAACCUAAAAGAAAAAAGGUUGGGUAAAAAUCUAAUGUACAUAAGCUCCCCUUUACCCCCAAUGCUUUAGUUUUGCACCAACACAUAAGAGAUUAUAUCCCACUAUUUAGCAUUAAGCAAACCAAAUGGCUCAAUCACACACUCAGCUUGAAACAUGGUAUGAUAAGGUAAUAUAAGAUAUAGUUGUUUAUGUGGUUUUUGACACUGUUAAAGUCAUCUAUAAACGGGCAAAACUGUGGAUGUGGAAA